AUGAGCAGCAUCACGCUUAAACUCCGUCAGAAGCGAUCCAUGCUCCGACUUCUUAAUGAAGGCCGGUCGAUUCUCGAGUACAAAUUCGAACCAAACGCUUUCAUAAUCCCCCAGUGGAUCUUGGCUCCCCCCGAGGUGCGCAAUGCCAUGACCACCCUCCAAUACAAAGCUAUGGUCGCAAUCUAUGGCAUGAAGAGCCUCAUGGUGACCCGCGACUCCCGUUACUUCGAGCUAUGCCCCAAGAAACCAUGCUCCAUUGCCUACCAGCUCCAUCAAUCCUCCAUGCGCCGUCUUCUCGAGUGGAAGGAGGACUGGGACUUCGAUAACCCGACCCUUGCAGCCGCCGCCAAAAUCCCCCGUGACUCUCUCCAGUUCUGCGUUGACCCAAUAGCCUACGGAAGGUUUACCUAUGAAUACACCGAUAAGAUCGACGUUUUUAUGUCUGGUGCUUUCCAGAGCUGGCGCCAGCUCCGCGAUGAGGUCGGACACCUUGCCUAUCGUCUCAUGAGCCACAGGCCAUAUGAUUACAAGGAGUGGCGAGGUUGGUGGGAGGGAAAGUUUGCUCAUGAGAUGUGGAAAUGGGAAGUUUGCCUUGAGGGCCUGAUCCUGCCUACCUGGGAGGAGAUCAUUGAUGAUGUUUAUCUGAUGAUCAGCGAUCGAGUCGAGAAUGCACAAGACCUGGCCAACUCAUUCUACAUCAGCAGCCCGAUGUAG